AUGCUCUCUGCUGGAAACAGCGUAUCGGCCUCAGGCCGAGGAUCGUCGACUCCGUUUCUGAAUGAAGAUGCAAGCUACAAAGUUGUUCUCCCGCGUCUACCAACCGGUAACGAUGUGCUGAAUUCCAUUUUUUUUCAUGCGGACUUGAGUGGCAGACCAUACCGUGCUCCUGACUUCCGAGACGCUCUGCUUGAAGUAGUGGAUACUGCAGAUAUUAUAGGUGUAGGACAGUAUCAGAUAAGCCAUGUAUGGAUGGUUACCUGCGCUAGUAGUGCGGCGAAACAUAAACUCGUCGCCUGUGGUGAGCUCCGUGUCAAAGGACUGAAGUGCAUGGUGAUAGAUCCGGAGACUAAAAAUAUCAAGCUCAAAUUACUCUGGCUUCCGCCUCACCUUAAAGCUCGACGGGUUGAAGAGGCGUUCCAGGCGUACGGUCAGGUGAAGUCUGUCGAGAGAGAGGUGUGGAGAUGCACUGGUAUGGAACAGUGGGUGACGACAAACCGGGAGGUUUCCUUGGUGCUCAAGGAUGCUGUCACCGUAAGCUCAAUACCACACAUUAUGUCCAUUUAUGGACACCAGUGCCUGGUACUUAUCCCCGGCAGGCCUCCGCUGUGCCUUCGUUGCAAGCGUGUGGGACAUGUCCGUCGACAAUGCAGAACGCCGAGGUGCUUGCAGUGCCACCGAUUUGGUCACUCGGUGGACGCCUGUGUAUCGACCUAUGCCAAUAAGCUUCGUUCUGGGCAACACAGCGCAGAAGAGCCCCAACUGGACCAUCUCAUGGAUGCUACAGAGAUAGUCGAUGCUACCGGAGAAGCCACAGGCGGCAUCAGGGACGAAGAACAGGAGUCUCCAGAGCCAAUGCCGAGCAGCCACAGCAUCCCAAGCGAAGCUACUGGCAAUAACUCGGUUUGCACACAUGACCUAGAAAACCUUAAAGAAAAGCCCCCCGAUGGCGACAAGGAAGAAGAGGCGAUGGACAGCAGUCAAGCGAGGAAGCGUCCGGCACCGUGCAACGAUGAAACAACGGGGAGUGCAGUACAGGCACCCGAGAGUGUGCCUUCUAGUGCUCAACGGGUUCCCUCCCCUGGUGAUGGUGUGCCGCAGCGGUUUUGUCAGCAAAGUAAGGAGAGUGCUGUAAAGAAGUGCAAAGGGAGCAAGACCACAGAUUUACCUGUGGCCAAGGGUGAUGAAGAACAAAAGCUUUAG